AUGGUCAACCUUGUAUGGGCAACUAACAACUUUUCUGUUAUAAAUAAAGUUGGACAAGGGGGUUUCGGCUCUGUUUACAAUGGGCAUUUACCAACCGGAAAAGACAUAAUUGUCAAGUGACUUUCGAGGAACUCCAAACAAGGUCUUAAGGAAUUCAAAAACGAUGUUAUUUUGAUCGCUAAACUUCAACACCAUAACCUAGUUAGGCUUUUGGGAUGUUGCAUUCUCGAUGAAGAACAAAUGCUAGUUUACGAGUACAUGCCGAUUAGAAGCUUGGAUUCCUUCAUUUUUGAUAUCAUUAGUGGAAUUACUAUGGGGAUUCUUUAUCUUCAUCAAGAUUCGAGAUUGAGAGUCAUUCAUAGAGAUCUUAAAGCUAGCAAUGUGCUACUUGAUAGUGAGAUGAAUCCCAAAAUUUCAAAUUUUGGCUUGGUUAGGGCUUUUGAGGUGAUCAAGUCAUUCGUAAAAACAAAAAGGAUGGUCGGAACUUAG